GAGUGUGACGAAUAAAUUCAUCUCCUCUUUUCCACACCUUUACCCAUCGCCGCUGCGAUCUCUUCGCUCGAUCCAUCGUCUCUCUGCGAGCUUGGCCAUGGCUUCCUCGACCCAAAUCGUCCUCCUCCUCCUGGCGCUUGUCUUCGCAGCGUUUCUACACGAUGCCCACGCCUACACUGCCGGAUUCGAGAUGAGCGAGGCACAAGUGACUGCCGCUUCCAAGAGCUCCACAGGCUGCGCCACGGAUUUCUCCAAGGUGGACUACGCCGAGGUGACGAGCGUUUGCAAGGGACCCCAGUAUCACCAGGAGGCGUGCUGUGGCGCGUUCAAGAAGAUGGCUUGCAAGUACACGACCCAAGUGAACGAUUUCUCCACCACUUGCCCGGUCGAAUUCAUGGCCUAUCUCAACUACGCUGGGAAUUACCCCAAUGGCGUCUUCGUCGGGCGAUGCAACAGUGGCAGUAGCCUGUGCUCCUAGAAGAUUUGACUAUGGAUUCUUCAUAGAUCAAUCAAGCUCUUGGAUCGAUCGCUCGAUCCAUAGAUCCCUCCAUUGUUUUGCUUGAUAUUAUUUCUAUCAUCGAUUGAUAUAUGCAAGAAGACUAUAAGCC